AUGAGUGAUGGACUACAGUCGGCAACGACGACCCAGCAGGGGCUCGAUGCCCAUCAGCAGGCCCGAGAUGUCGUCAAGUUGUUCCAGUGUGAGCACUGUUCAUAUCCGCUCCGUGAGCCCAUGACCUUGCCAUGUGGCAACACCCUAUGUCGCCCUUGUCUUCCGCCGCUCUAUAAGCGAGAGAACAUUACGUAUCCCGUGGUCGAGGGACGAUCAGAAGCCUUCUUAUGUCCUUUUGAGCCCUGUGGGUCGGAGCAUUCGGUGGGCGACUGCGCAACGGAUGUGACGCUCAACAAGAUAGGGGACAUUGUCAAGACUUUCAUCUCAAGCUACAAGUCCAAGAGUCCGGAGAUCUCGCUUCUGCUGGAAGAGAAGCUGAAUUGGCCACGAAUGGUUGAAAGUGCGAUGGAAGUCAUGCCGCGGUCACGUGUCCUGCACGGAGGACGUAUCGUGUCGACCUUUACCAUGGCAGACAUGGGCGAGUUGGACUUCCACUCGGGCGUAGCAUAUACGCCUGUUGACAGAGGAGCGUCCGACGCCAUCCGAGCCGUCGAUGUGAACGUUCUGGAGAAUCUGAGAGAGGUCGUCCGACCGGAACUGGAAUGUCAAGUCUGUUAUCAGGUCAUGCUGGAUCCUUCGACGACCACGUGUGGCCACACCUUCUGCCGAAGGUGCCUUUCGCGGGCGAUGGAUCACUCGAAUCACUGUCCGAUGUGCCGUCGCCUGCUGCCACUGGCGCACACACAGCAGGCAGAGUCCAGCAAUAAGAGGGUGGCAGACCUCAUCCACCAUCUCUUCCCCGACUUAUUGACAGCAAGAAAAGAUCUUGCUGCACAAGAAGACAUGAUUGAUGAAGAGACCAACUUGCCCCUUUUCCCCUGCACGUUGGCGUAUCCACGGAUGCCCACGUUUUUGCACAUUUUUGAGCCAAGAUACAGAUUAAUGAUUCGGCGCGUGCUGGAGAACGGCACACGCAAGUUUGGCAUGUUGGCGUACAAACCUCAGCGCGAAUAUCAACCAGGCGGCCCACAUUGGCAAGAGUAUGGGACUGUCUUGUUCAUUGACCGUGUCGAGGUGUUGCCUGACGGUCGAAGCCUCCUGGAAACAAGGGGAUUGUACAAAUUUCGAACUCUAGAGACAGCGAUGCUUGAUGGUUAUCUCACUGGGCGAGUACAGCGCGUGGAUGACAUUAGCAUCCACGAGGAAGAGGCAAUUGAGGCCCAAGAGACGAGUGUAGCCACGCCGCUGGAGGACGAUGAGCUUGGUCGAAUCCAGCGAUUACCCACCCAACAACUUCUGGAAUACGGGCUCGAUUUCAUUCAACAGGCGCAGGGAAGGUCAGCGCGCUGGCUGCAUCAACGCGUGCUCGCUGCGUAUGGGCAACCCCCAGAGGAUGCGGCAACCUUCCCAUAUUGGCUCGCGAGUGUCCUCCCAAUCGCUGAGACAGAAAAGUACACACUUUUACCCGCCACGAGCGUGAGAGAACGGCUCAAGAUUACCGCCGAGUGGAUCCACCGACUCGAGCAAGCGCGAUGUGAGUACGAAGCGGAGCUGGCGAAGAAAUCUCGAGAGGAGCAGGUUCGCGACGGACAGAUCACACCCGCGCCAGCUCCACAAAGUCCUGUCACCGAGGGCCAAGUCAACAUGCCGCAAGCUUCCGAGGUUCCGGCUCGGUCAGGAGAAGCCCACCCUGCUGAAGUCAGCGAAGCCGAAGGGCAUGAGAGCGAAAUGUCUGGGCCUGAACCUGCCAACGGUUCAAUUCCACAAGGCUGA